GCGCACACAGACACAGCUCGAAAGAAAAGAAAGAAAUAAUAAUGUGAAAACAAGAAAAAGAAAAAACACAGAUCGUCAACUGCCAAUGCCAUGGUUCAUCUCCUUCCUCUCUCCUCUCCUUUAUCCAUCACUCUCUACUUCUUUGCGUGGUUACAAGCUUUCUUGGUCGUCCAUGGCAAUAGUAAUCUCACCCACCCUUCUCUCACCCCUAUCAACCGCGAUCUCUAUCACUCCAGUGGGGAUUUGAUGGAAGAAAUUAAAGCUCUCGUCUUUCGGCACCCAGAGGAGCUCACUUUGGAUACAAUUAAAUCUCAAAACAAGGGCUACUCUGCUGAGAUCGCAAUAGUUACCUAUAGUCGGAGAAGUCAAGAGACUGAUGACCAGCCAAAAUUUCGGAUCCUUCUUAGUUUUGGGCAGCAUGGAAGGGAGCUUAUUACAUCCGAGCUUGCAUUGCGAAUCCUAUCAAUCUGUAGUAAAGAACAGUUUCUACCCAACCUGGACCCAGCCUCCUUAGACAGUACCCUGGACAAGCUCUUGAUAAAGGUGGUUCCAAUAGAAAACUUAAAUGGCCGUAAACUUGUUGAAGCAGGAGACCUCUGUGAGAGAAGAAAUGGGAGGGGAGUUGAUCUCAACCGUAAUUGGAGCGUAGAUUGGGGCAAAAAAGAGAAGGAUUAUGAUCCAUAUGAGGAAAAUCCUGGAACUGCUCCUUUCAGCGAGCCUGAAACUCAGAUAAUACGGAAAGUUGCCGUGUCAUUUGAUCCACACAUCUGGAUUAAUAUACACUCUGGGAUGGAGGCUCUGUUUAUGCCGUAUGACCAUAAGAACACAACCCCAGAUGGAGUUUCCUCCCACCAGAUGAAGUCAUUGCUUGAAGAACUCAACCAACUGCACUGCCAAAAGCGUUGCAUGGUUGGGUCUGGUGGAGGUUCUGUUGGGUACCUGGCACAUGGGACAGCAACUGAUUUUAUGUUCGACAUUGUAAGGGUGCCAAUGGCUUUCACCUUUGAGAUAUAUGGAGAUGGAGCGGCCUCAUCAAGAGAUUGCUUCAAAAUGUUUAAUCCCACUGACUUCGUUACCUUCAAUAGAGUUCUCAAUGAAUGGUCUGCUGCAUUUUUCACAAUUUUUAAAUUGGGGCCAGACCAGCUUGGUGAAAAUUAUUCAAGGUCUGUGCCCACCUUAUUAGACAAGUGGGUAUCCAUAGAUGAGUAUCUUGAAGGUUAUUUAGUCGAGAGGAGUAGUAGAUAUGGAAAGAAGAUGGAGGUGCUUGAACUAGGAAUGCAGGAGAUAAGAACAUAUUUCAGGCUCUUCUUGUUAUCUUCUGUUCUGUUAAUGUUCAUGUUCUGUUCCAGAAUUACAAAAAGCAAGUGUGCUAGACCAAUUGUUUCUGCUAUUGCAAUCUGAUAUUGAGAAACAACUCCAUGUUAGAGGCUUCAUGCUGCACUGUAUUGAUCGACAUGUUGUUCCGCACAUUUCCUCCACGUCUCCUUUGAUUUUCAAUACCGAUUGUGAAACACCAUGAGCAGCAAGAAGUUGAGGUCCAUAAUUUGAAGUGAAUUUUUUUUUAUAUUUCAAGUUCCUAGUUUUCAUGGGAAAAAGGAGAAGCAAAAAUAAGAAAUAUCAUAGCGGGGUGGGGUGGGGUGCAUGCCAAAUUUUUUAGAAAGGAUGUCUCUUUAAGUUAAAUUUUUUAUUUUUUACCCACGAUACGAACAAUUGUUAAACCCAUAGAGUGUGAUUGUUUUAUUUGUAAUAUUCAAAAUAUUCUUUCAAUUUAAGUGAUCAUUUAUUUGCU